AUGGCAAUUGCGACGGAAAUCGCGCAGUUCCAUCUCAUUCCUGGGCAUGACCCCAGGGAACCUGACUCGUCGGCUGCCCAGUUCUUACAGAGGGUCUUCGACAUAGUAAAGCAACGGGAAGGGUUUAUUCGUGGCUAUUGGGGCGUCCAGGAUGAAAAUCCAAGAAUCCUUGUCGUGUUUGUUGAUUGGGAAGAUAUCAGACAUCACCAAAACCUGAUCAACAGCGACGACUUUGGCGCCAUGACCGAAAACCUGGUCAAUCUAGUGACCUUUGAGAACGGACCGCCUCUUGUUACACACACGAACUUUACCUCCGACGCGGUGAGUGCUUGUCAAGCAUCCGUCACUGCGGUGAAAACAUUCAAGUUACCAGAGGGUGCGAGCAAAGAGCAGCAAUCAGCAUUGGAAGAUUCGUUACUUAGCUUCGCGGGAUUCUGUACGACGGAGACUCCAUGUUGUGGAUAUGCUUGCGGUUGGGUCCUCGAGACACUUCCAGACGAACACGCCCCGGAGGGCAAGACGCUUGCCUUCACUGGCAUCUUCGGCUGGCCAGCGAAGGAAGACUUUGUGAGUUUGAGGGGAAACCCUGCAGCUGCGGAAGCGAUAGAGCCGGUUCUAGGAAUCGCUCUCCCUCGGAAACAGGGAGACUCCUUCCACGUCAGCUUGCGAAGUUUUGGGUGA